AUGAAGCAGGCGAUGUGGUUGGGAUCCGGAUCCGGAUGCUAUAUCCAACACCACCACUAUCACCAUCUCAGAAAUCCGUGCAAUCUGCCGCCUACACCAACCUCACCCGCCGCCGUAGCCAUGUCAGCGUCUCCUCAAAGCAAACAUUCUAAUAUUUCCGCAAAUACCCCUAUAAUCGCCGAGAGUUACCCUGUACCAUUAUCCCCUCCACUUCCCGCAAUCUCAAAAGAACUCGAACUGAACAGAGCCACAAUAGCUUCUUCAAACUCAGACCUCUUCUCCCUCUCAAAAACCCACACCAUCUACGAAGACGAAUGGCUCCUUGCCGUCAACAAACCCCAAGGAAUUUACUGCGACAACGUUCUCUCCUCCCUUCAAUCACAAAAAACCGCACCGCCGGAGCUUCAUCUCGCUAACCGACUCGACCGCGACACAAGCGGCAUUAUGCUUAUAACAAAAUCACACAAGGUAGCUUCAAACCUCGUUAAAGCCUUCACCGAUCACAAAGUUAAAAAAACCUACAUCGCUCUCUGCACCGGCGUUAUACCUAAUUGGGAAACGAUAACGGUCAGAUCCGGUCACGGUAGGUCUAAAUUCGGCGCGUGGAGAGUUUACGCUUUUUCCGACGUCGGUUGCAGGUUACCGGGUGGAUCGGGUGUACGCGAAAUGGAAACUUCUUUCGAGGUUUUAUCCGUUAACGGAAAAGGAAGUUUCAGGGAGGUUUGUGAAACUGGGUUUGAAGGGAGUCGUGUGGUUGUUAUUGAAGAAAAGGCGGUGAAAAUGGACGGUGGUGAUGAGAUAGUGGUGAGAGCUUAUCCUCAAAGUGGAAGAACGCAUCAGAUUCGGUUGCAUUGUCAAUAUUUAGGGAUUUCGAUAAUUGGGGAUGUGAAAUAUGAAGGUGUUUAUGAAUGGAAAGGUAGGGUUCAUGAUGGUCAUCACCUUCAUGCUGAAACGUUGUCGUUUGAUCACCCUGUCACUGGUGUUCAUAUUAUGCUACGUGCACCACUUCCUCAAUGGGUGAACCAGGCGUUGUCAAAUAGUACUAACAUUGACACUGUACACGUGAAAAGCUAG